UUUGAUUUGGAUCAAAUUGGUAGAAAUUCCAUUGAAGGUCUUGGUCGUUUUAAAGAAUUAAUUGAGAAUGCCGCUGAAUAUAAUUUGGCUCCUAGAAAUUCAAACAUUAGAAAUUGUUCAUUAAAAAUUGUUAGAGGACCUGGUUUACGUAGUAAUCAUUUUAGGACCCGUACAUUGUUAACAUUUGAAGUUGAUUAUAUGGUCGAAUGUAAUAUUUCUUUUAAUUACCUUAAUGAGUAUAACCUUUGUGAUGAAUUCUUUUCUUUAUUAUCUCAACAACCUACUAGAGUCUCUCUUGAUAUUUUGGAAGGUAUUUAUUCAAGGAAGAAAAGGAUCUAUAAUCCUUUAACAUAUUUACUU